CAAAAGAUCGGGUAUUUUCUUCUAAAAAUCAGUAAUGAGUGAAGUAACUUACUCUAAUGUGGUAAUUCAACGUCCAUCUCAGCCACCAACAAGGCAAGAAAAUGAAACAACUAAAAGUAAAGUCCCAUCAAAUGUUAGAAAUCAAGAUCUUUCUGCUCCAUCCUCUUCAUGGAAAACCAUUGCCGUGAUCCUGGGGAUCAUUUGCCUGAUGCUUAUUUUGUCUUUUGGAGUCUUAGUUACAAAGUGGUCUCAUAAAUUAUUUCAAGAAGAAUAUACAGGAAAUAUCUCCUGCAACAAUGAACCAAGUAAAACAGUGGUUUGGAAAUGUCCUACUUGUCUAAACAACUGGAAUCAGCAUGGAGAAAAUUGCUACUAUUUUGUGAAAAAGACUCAUCCUUGGAAAAAGUGUCAGUAUCACUGCAAGGGUUUCAAUUCAAGUUUUCUGAAAUUGAAUACUGAAGAAGAGCUGAAUUUUGUGAAGAAAUUCUCAAAGACACAAUGUGAUAUGCAGAAAGAAAAGUUUUCCAUCAGUCUAUACUACAGCAGCAAACAACUGAAAUGGCUAUGGCAAGAUGGCACUAAUUUUACCCUAAACAAGCUUCAAAUUCCAGAACAUGUGAAUGGUAAUGACAUAUGCAUAUUUAUAAAAUAUGGCCAGAUCAUUACUGAGGAUUGCCAAACUGAGGGUUAUUGUAUCUGUAAGCAGGCAGCACAUUCAGAUUAGAUAAAAAUACAACAGAAAGAAAAGAAAUAACCAUUUGAUAUUUCCCAGUGAGUUGACUUCAACUAUGUGAAAUAUUUAUUUAAUAAAUACAGAAGUCACUAAACAUGGCAUCUAACAAUAUAAAUAUUAUGAAUAGCAUGUUAGUUACAUAGGAAAUGAUACAAAGAAAAUUAUGAGUGUUAAAGAACAUUAUGGACGGAACUUUAAAUAAAAUCUUACAUUAAUGAAACAGUUAUUAAAUAGAU